UGAAAACCACCGCGUAGGUCGGGCCCGCCUGGGAACAAACGAGGCCCCUGAGAGCUCCACCUAGUUCACAGGAUAAUAUCCCGCAGCAGAACUUGGAGUCAGCAAUGGCUAAACCCCAGGUGGUUGUAGCUCCUGUAUUAAUGUCUAAGCUGUCUGCGAAUGCUCCUGAAUUUUACCCAUCAGGUUAUUCUUCUAAUUAUACAGAAUCCUAUGAAGAUGGUUGUGAGGAUUAUCCUACUCUGUCAGAAUAUGUUCAGGAUUUUUUGAAUCAUCUUACAGAGCAGCCUGGCAGUUUUGAAACUGAAAUUGAACAGUUUGCAGAGACCUUGAAUGGCUGGGUUACAACAGAUGAUGCUUUACAAGAACUUGUAGAACUCAUCUAUCAACAGGCCACGUCUAUCCCAAAUUUCUCUUACAUGGGAGCUCGCCUGUGUAAUUACCUGUCCCAUCAUCUGACAAUUAGCCCACAGAGCGGCAACUUUCGACAGUUGCUGCUUCAAAGAUGUCGGACCGAAUAUGAAGUUAAAGAUCAAGCUGCAAAAGGCGACGAAGUGACUCGGAAACGAUUCCAUGCGUUCGUCCUCUUCCUGGGAGAGCUCUAUCUCAACCUGGAGAUCAAGGGAACAAAUGGACAGGUGACAAGAGCAGAUAUUCUUCAGGUUGGUCUUCGGGAGUUGCUGAAUGCCCUCUUUUCUAAUCCUAUGGAUGACAACUUAAUUUGUGCAGUAAAAUUACUGAAGUUGACAGGGUCAGUUUUGGAAGAUGCCUGGAAGGAGAAAGGAAAGACUGAUAUGGAAGAAAUCAUUCAGAGAAUUGAAAAUGUUGUCCUAGAUGCAAAUUGCAGCAGAGAUGUGAAACAAAUGCUCUUGAAGCUUGUAGAACUCCGGUCAAGUAACUGGGGUAGAGUUCACGCAACCUCAACAUACAGAGAAGCAACACCUGAAAAUGAUCCUAACUAUUUUAUGAAUGAACCAACAUUUUAUACCUCUGAUGGUGUUCCUUUCACCGCAGCUGAUCCAGAUUACCAAGAGAAAUACCAAGAGUUACUUGAAAGAGAAGACUUUUUUCCAGAUUAUGAAGAAAAUGGGACAGAUUUAUCAGGGGCUGGUGAUCCAUACUUGGAUGAUAUUGAUGAUGAGAUGGACCCAGAGAUAGAAGAAGCUUAUGAAAAGUUUUGUUUGGAAUCAGAGCGUAAGCGAAAGCAGUAAAGAUAAAUUUCAGCACAUCAGUUUUAUAAAGCGGUUUAGGUUAUGGUGAUUUAGCAGAACACAGGAAAAUGUGUCACACUUAUACCAAAUUAAGGAUGUUGAGUUAUGUUACUAAUGUAUGCAACUUUAAUUUUGUUUAACACUAUCUGCCAAAAUAAACUUUAUUCCCUACAAAAAAAAAAAAAAAAAAAAAAA